CGCUCGUUCAUGGACUAUGUCCACAGUGCUUUCUACGAGGCGACCGGGUGGAGGCGUGACAACUCGUAUGCUGCGCUGAAUUCGACAACUGACGCUCUCUUGAACUUCAGCACUCCCCGAGGUCUGCGCCUCUCCCUCUCAGCUCUCGCCAGCUCAAACUUCGCCACGUCCUACCAAUUGGGCUCCGUCGGCGUGGUCGAUGGCUCCAUCAGCUACUUGUUCUCCUCUGUCCCUCUCCGAGUCCUCUUGACGCCGCAGUCCGAAAACGUCCCGCUCCCCGAUCUCCUUCGAUCCUACCGCCAUCUAACGCCCGUCGCCCGACGAGACGACCCUUCACUGAGACCCCCAGACGACAAGGACAAGGUCAGCGAGUCGCUUCUGUACGGCCGGCUCUAUCUCCCGCAGUCGCAGCUAGAGGCCCUGCUGGUACGGCGGUUAUCCCCCGCUUUCCAGGCACAGUUCAGCGCUGUGUCGGGCCAACACCUCAGAAAUGGGGGCACGGCUCUGGGAUUGCUCCAGUACGAUGUCGGAAGAUAUGCGCUUGAAGGAUUGGCGUCUACGGACGGCGGAUUGCUUGGCUUCAGAGGAGUCUACAACUUUGGAGGCGACUUGAGCAGCAAGAAACAUACUCCAUCGUCCACUGCGGAGAAUGGCAAUGGCCAGGGGAGUGGUAAUGGUGAUCGGGAGAGGAUAUACGGGCGCUUCAGCACCGGGGGGGAAAUCUACUACGGCACACUCAACAAGUCUGGAGGCAUCAGCAUCGGGGCGAGAUUCGCGACGUUGCCGGACCACAAGGGAACGCCAUUGUCCGCCACGCUCACGAUGAAUCCUCUCAUGGGCAACAUUGCAGCCAGCUAUGCGGUCAUGGCCGGAAAAGAUUGCAGUCUCGCGACGCGAAUGGAGUUUAACAUCUUCAGCUAUGAGAGCUCAUGGGCUGUGGGCAUGGAGCUGUGGAGGAAGCCAUUUGCACGGACCGUUGCGGAAGCAGAUAAUACUCUUGCCGAUACUGCCGCUGCGAAGAAGACGGCUCAAAAGCUACACUUUGCUGCCAAGGCAGCUACCAUUCAACCUGAUGGAAAGGCAACCGAUAAAAAUACGACGGGAGCUGCGCCAAAGCCAACUCCUACACCAACACCAGCCGAACGUAGUUUCAACGCAAAACUAGAGUGGAGGCUGGAUGAGCCAGAGAAAUCGGCGGAAAAAUCGGCGGAAAAGAAGACGGCGCCGAAAGCAAACGGGGCAAACAUCGGUCCCAAGUCCAAAACCAAGAAGACAACUCUCCCUAAAGCAGUGCAGCCCGUAAAGAAGGUAGAAACGGUAGCUGUGGAGGAGACUGAGGGGAAAGAAGAGUAUGCCGGUGUGGUGAAAGCGAGGCUGGACCAGAAUCUCCGACUUGGAGUAUUGUGGGAAGGACGCGUGAAGUCGCUGCUGUUUAGUCUUGGUAGUGGAAUUGAUCUGAGGAUGAUGAACAAGCCGUUUCGAACUCUGGGUCUGGAGAUUCAGUUUUCAUCAUGAUGGGUUGUGCUGCAAAGUGUCAUGAGAUGGACGGCUAUUGUACUGAUCCCGGAGGCCCAACUCCGCUUGAAGAACUUGAUUUAAAAAAAAAAUCACAAAUACUUAUCUAUUGUUUACUUUGACCAAGAAUCAAAUUCCUUCUUGGUCCAGUAUGUUGGCGAUUGUCUGUAUUGAGCUUCACAAUUAAUAAUCGCGACUCCCG